AUGGCCGGCUCUCAAUUCUGGCUGCUAUUCCGCAAAGACCUGCGGUUGAUGUGGAGGAACAAGCUGUGGACGGUGUUCGAGAUCGUGAUCCCGCUAAUCCUCGCCGCGCCCCUCGUCUUCACGUAUCUGUCCGCGGAGGAUAAGCUGGCGCCUGUUGAUUAUCCGGCCAGUCCUGGGAAGUCCUGGCAACUCGACGGGAUGAAUCUGACUUGUGACGACGUCAUCUAUACG